GGAGGGACUAACCCAAUCCUCAGGACGAGAGAAGGUAAAUGUUACCAAGAGUGUCAGAUGAAACCCAGUUCGUGCACAGUACGUUUACACUGAAAUAACUUCAAACGCAGGCAGGUGGUUACAUGAAGGUUAAUGACGAAGCGUCAGACAACAUUUUAUUUCGUUCAAGGAUAUUUUCUCGUAACCCAGACAAAGGAAUUGAUAAAGUUGGAGCUCCCUUUUUUUGAAUGAAUCUUCUCUUCUUAACUGGAUGAAAUGCCUUGACCUUAUUGCCACCGUACCAUGGCAGGUUUAGUCUCCUCUGUGGGUUUGGUGGUGAUGCUCAAGGCUCUUAUGCAUGCCCAUUGCCAGCGUGCCGUGUUUCUAGGGAUGACGGUGUUGGUAACAGUGAUCGCAGCUGACUCACCUGUUGCAGAUGAGUCUCUGUUUGACCACCCCAUGGGAUUUCUUGGAGAUGUUCCAAGCUCAACAGGGUCGUCACCAUCAGCCUUACCAGCCUCACAUUAUACUGCCUUUGAGAGCCCAGACUCACCUGGUGCCCUGCCAUCCAUUUCUGAACCAAACCAUGAAGUUAGGACUGCUGACACCACACAUUUUCUGUGGGGACAUGUUUCUUCUGAAAACUCAAAAUCCUUCACAGCAAGUGACCUCCUUGCAGAAGAACCACAUCCUCUUUCCUCUCCAUCAUUAAGCCCUCCCGAACCUGUAUUGGGGUCUAGUCCACAAUUUGAGGCCAGGACAAAUUCUGCCAAGCAACCUUCCUCUUUCUCUCCAACUCCUACAAGAUCCCAGCUGCAGCCUCAGUCAAAUAUAUCCAUAACAUUAUUAAGCACCUCUGCUUUUAAAAGGUCCAUAACACCUCAGCUAGGUCUUAAUUCUGAGCAGAAAGAAAUUUUCAGCAAGCAGCAUGAUGGUGCAUCAGAGCAAACACUGGCAAUCAUGACCUCACUUCCUAAACUAGCUUUUACUGACUCUCUGGCAGAUGAAUCUAAAAUCCUGGAUGUGAACCAGCUGAGCCCCAAUAGUGCCCCCAUAGAGGAGAAAAAAACAGCACGUGACAUAAACAUUCUACCCAACCCAGAUCAGAUUCUGGCCCCUGGCUACAAUGUGCCUUUCAUCACCCCCCACCCUUCAUCACCUUCAUCUGAACCAACUGAGGUCUCUCCAGAGGACUUCUACCCCACCAACACCAUGGAACUGGACUGGGGAUCUGGGGACUACUUGGAGACAAUGUCAUUCUUAAAUUCAGAUGGAGAGGACUACUCUCUGGUCACCAAGGUGCCCUCUGACUCGUAUGAUCUGGAGGACUAUACAGAAAGCUAUGACACAUCCUUCCCUUCCAGAGUGGGCAUAUCCCCUUCGUCCUUGAAUCCCCUUUAUAUCUCACCUUCUCCCAGCCUCAUGACAACAUACAGCACCAUUCUUCCACUAAAAUCCAUUUAUCCUUCCUCACUUUCCUCUACAAUUCACUAUACACUGGAACCUACUCCCACAGCUAACAGUGAUAUGGCCGACACAUCAGACAUAGAUUGGCUCGAUACUUUCACAAUUCAACCGACAGAUGUCCUCUUACCUGACAUGAACAGUUUGGAGUAUUAUACCACUCAGUUGACCAAAGAGAGCAACAGUUCAGAAACUGGAGCUGAACAUAGAGGGAACGCUACCGUGGUGUCCAUCAGUGCUACAGAGAUUACACCCACCAGCAGCUUCACCAAUGAUACCAAAUUGACUGAGGACGAGUCCUCCAGUGAUCUGUCGGGGUUUGAGCCUCAUGACGAACCAACCACAGUAGUAACCACAGAGGAGAGUCCCCAGCUGGUCAAUGCCUCUGAGCCCUUUCUGGAUCCUUCCAUAGCCCCCAGCCAUUUCUUUGAUCCCUCCUCUUCCACCUGGGGUGGUCAGGUGUCCACCACAAAUUGGUCUGUACCUACACUAACUGUUGGCCUGGACAGCACUGUAUUAAUAGAAACUAUGCUACCCAGUGCCACACCACUGCUGCCAGAUGAUGUAAUGUCUUCUUCCUCUCUGACAGAUGUCCAUUGGUUUGAUACAGAGUCAUUCCCACAAAGUACCAUAUACACCACUCCCAUAUUAGCUGCAACCAUAGCCUUCUCCCCUGUUCCCACUGAACCUGGUACCAACACCACUGCUGGUACAACAGAACUAACUUCCCAAGACUCUACUUUUACAACUGAACAAACUGAUGUCACUUUAGUUUCAACUGAACCCACAUCUAAUGUCACUUUGGUCCCCCCAUUCGUGUUGGGUGAUCAGGGGGUGACUGAAGAUGGAGUUGACAUCCAAGCCACAAUGACCUUGAUCCCAACUAGCAGUGAAGCUAAUACAGUCUCUGCUGUACCCACAACUACAACUGCCACCACUACUUCUCAUCAAGCCACAACUAGAACUACUGCUACCACUGAAGCCUCAACUAGUGUCAACAUUAUCUCUACCACCAUUGGAAAGACCACAACUACAGCACCAACAUCAAGACAGUACCUCUGCGACCUUGACAGGCCUGCCUAUUUAGUAAAAAUUGGCUUUCCCUCCGGGGCCACUGUUGGAUAUGCCAAAUCUCAAGUAAGAGAUAUACUGAAAGGGGAAUUCAACAAGUCAGUGGAGCUGCAGGUUGUGGACCCCCCACCAAAGUUUGUGUUUCGGGUGGUGUCUGGUCCAGUUGUGUACACAGCCAUAUCUGUCAUCAAUGCUCUGCGAACGUCUGGGCGCCGCUUCCUGUCUGUGUCUCCGAACUGGAUGACAACAGACAGUAAAUAUCAAAUCCACACAGUGCUGCAGUUUGUUCCCAGUCACAUAGAUGUGCGGUUCUGCAACUUCAGUGAGAGCAUUGAGAAAGGUUUGACCAUGGCAUUUGCAGAAGUGCGCCGGCGCUCAAAGGAGUCAACCAACUUCACAGUGCAUAUUGUAAACAUCACCAUGGCUGCUCCUAAAUAUCAGGAACAACGGCUAGUUAGGCAGCCAGUGGACAUCACCUUCACUGUGCGCGGUUCAAGGGGUUAUCUGAUGGGGUCAGAGGUCAGCAAUGCUCUGAUGAAGCUGACAAUGGUGGAAUUCAGCUAUUACAUGGGCUUUCCUGUACUGCAGAUUGCUGAGCCAUUCCAUUAUCCAGAGUUGAACACCAGCCAGUUGCUUCGCUCCUCCUGGGUUAGAACAGUGCUCCUGGGUGUGCUGGACCAGAAAGUGAGUGAGAGGACCUUCCAAGCCAACAUGGAGCGCCGGGUGGCCAUGUUACUCGGGGAGGCAAUGGGAUUAGUCAGACGUGUUAAGAGAGCCACCACUAUAGGCAACAGCAGUGUUCAGGUUGUAAGUACGAGCCGGCUGGUGGGUGUGGACCACCCCUUGGAGAUAGUGUAUUUUGUGGAGGGUCCCAGUGGUCAGAGGAUGCUUGCACUUCAAGCAGCCAACCUACUCAACAGCUUGGACGUUCAAAGGGCUGCCAUUGUCUUGGGAUAUCGUGUCCAGGGCAUUUUGGCACAGCCUGUAGACAAGGUGGCAUCCUCACCCUCUGACGCUGAGAACAACAACAUGUGGAUCGUCAUUGGGGUGGUGAUUCCGCUCCUCGUGGUCAUCGUCAUCAUUUCCAUCUUGUACUGGAAACUGUGUCGGACAGACAAGCUGGAGUUCCAGCCAGACGCCAUGACCUCCAUCCAGCAGAGACAGAAGUCUACUACCUCAUUCAGAGAAUCAAGGACCUCUCUUCACCAGACAAUCCCUCCAACUAAAAAGAAGUUAGAGUUUAGUGAGGGGGAGUAUGAGGAAGAAGAAGAGGAGUAUGAAGAAGAAGAAGAGGAGGAGGAGGAGGAGGAGGAGAAGGAGGUUAAAAGAGGGAAGAGACCAGUAGCUCUUCCCAAGAGCAAACAGAGUAUGAGCAGUGAGGAGGAAGAAGAAGAAGAGGAGGAGGAGGAGGAAGAAGAAGAAGAAGAAGAGGAGGAGGAGGAGGAGGAAGAAGAAGAAGAAGAAGAGGAGGAGGAAGACGAGGACAAAGAUGAGGAAAAGGGGAACUUUAAAAAGAAAGGAAUUAAACCAGAGGAGCAAAGGAGACAAGAGAGCAAAACAAUGAUAAUGAAAACAGGGGAGAUGAAGAAAGAAGACAAAAUGAAAGUGUUAACUAAAGGAAGGAGAGCCAAGGAGGAGUUGCAGGCUCCCAGUGUGAAAGGCUUUGACUUUGCCAAGCUGCACCUUGGCCAGCAGAGUAAGGAUGAUGUCAUGGUGAUUCAGGAGUCUGUCCCGCCAGGGCCUGGCCCUGGACCCCUGCCCAUGUCAAUUAAAGAUGGCCUCAGUCCAUCUGAGAAUGGGGAGAUCCCCACUCCCAUAUCCAAAACCUCAGCCUCCUCCACCAAGGCAUCCCGCAGCGGUCGAAGGCGAGGAAGGAUCUCGCCGUCAGAUGGUGACUCGGUGGUGAGUGACCGUUCCAGUGAGCGGGAAUCAACUGAGGAGAACCUCAGAGUCCACACCACGCCCAAUGACAGCAAGCAGACCCGUAAGGUCCCCAUCAAUGUUUUAAAUGGCAAAAAUAGAAUUGGUCCUCCUCCUAUGAAUGGUACAAAUGAGCAGCUGUCCUCAGCCGCCAUCUUUGAACAUGUUGACCGGAUGUCUCGUGCCACAGAUGCAAGCAGGAGACUCCCCAACAAAGUCCAGCUUAUCGCCAUGCAGCCCAUGGCUGUCCCACCACUGCACAGCCCACCCAUCAAUGGCAAACUGUCUGACACCAACCAAAUCAACAAAGAGAUCCAGGUGGCAUUGAGGCACAAGUCAGAGAUUGAGCACCAUCGUAACAAGAUACGUCUGCGUGCCAAGAGGAAGGGCCACUACGACUUCCCUACCAUGGAUGACAUGACAAGUGGCCUCGGAGAUGUGAAGGACCAGGAUCGCAUCUAUCAGAAAGCACAGAUACAGAUCGAUAAGAUCCUGGACCCAGAUGCCCAGAUGUCCUCCAUCUUCAUGGGAUCCAAGAAAAGUGGUCGAGGGAGGCGCUCUCCCAAACAGAGGAUGAAGGAGCAGCUGAAUGGAGGCAUGAUGGAAGCAGACAAAGACCAGCUCAUCACUGAAGACAAUGAUGCUGCUUACAGAAAGUGUCCUGGAGUCAACAAUGUGGCCUACGUAUCGGACCCUGACCAAGGCCCAGGAUCCCCUCACAGGAGCCCUUCCCCCACCGAUGACGUCUUCCUGGGUCCCGCUUCCUCUCCUCCAGGCCAUGCACCUCCCCCACCCCCCUACAUGCCCCCACAGCCCUCCAUUGAGGAGGCGCGGCAGCAGAUGCACUCCCUGUUGGACGAUGCCUUUGCCCUAGUGUCGCCCACCUCUCAGGGCAGCACCGCAGGGAUCACUCUCCCAGGGGUCAACACGAACCCUCCUAGCACCAGCCCUACAGGCCGUGGUCUCAGACCUUGGGGUCCCUCCUACCAAGCUCUUGGCCCUUUCCCUGGUAGGUUCACUGAGCUGGGCAUGUCCCCUCCUUCUGUCCAAGGCCUGAUACCAAGGCAGGGCCUUGGCUCAAGCUACCUGCCACCAGGAGAAACAGCAGGGCAAUGUGAGCAACUCCAGCCAGACAGCCUGUACUCCAGCAGGAGCCUCUACGCUGAUGAGCUCCCCUCAUCUGCCAGACCACGACCAGUCGGGGGAACUACAGGCGCCCAGCUCCAUCAUCUUACACAGGUGGGAUUGUCCAGUCGGCUGAAUGGUUACCCAGCAGGGGUCAGGGCUGCUUCAGGCCAGAAUGGAGGCAUUGGCUGGAACCACUACCAAGACGACAAUUUCUCCAGGGCAGAGCCUGAAAAAGAUGCAACGCCCAGAAGUGGCAUCAGGGAGCCUUCGGCACCCCCUACCCACCUAGACAUCUCGGGCGUGGGCUAUCUUUCAGCCCAACCGCCCCUUGAUACAUCUCCUCCUACCCACUCCUCUGCUUCCCUGAUCAAGGCCAUCAGGGAGGAGCUGCUGCGUCUCUCCCAGAAACAGGCAGCUGUGCCCAGCUACCACAGCUGAAGCCCCGGCCUCCAGUCUGUAGCUCUAACCAGUCAUGCCACUGACCCUGCCUGCCUGCUUCGCCUAAUCUGACAAUACUUCCCAUGGAAGUCCCCGAGGGUGUACAGCAGAGAGAUAGUCCUAGAACUGAAGUGAAGAGGUGGCUAAUAGAGAUUUCUACCUGACGAGGCUGAUGAAUGACAGGAUGGUUGAUACAGCUCCUAGACUAUUCAGAGUAAAGAAUCAGAUCAACAGCAGUAUGUCAAAUCAGAGACUGUAUUGAAAUGAAGAGCAAUAUGAACAGUAUAUGCUGGACCUUUUAAAAUGAGAUGACAUGACAUGUCUGGACUGCCCAUGUGUUUGUCCUGUACUUUAUUGUGGAUCAGGGAAGGUCAUGCCAAGUUCUGGCCACUCUGGAUCCACAUUUGGGACUUCUUGGGAGAUGUUGCUGCAUGUCUUCUGACUCAGUAUUCUGUGUCAUGGUUUCAUUCUCAUGCUGCCUUCACAAAACAGAAAUACCCCCUAAGACACAUGUAAUUUUAAGAAAUUUCUUUUUUAUAUUACAUCACUUGUUUUUUCUGAUGCAGGCCCUUAACCUCUUUUUCACCAUCAGGUGCUACUCCGUGUUUUCUGCCAUGAUGAGCCAUGCUAUGCCUUGACACUGUGAUGUAGUUCACCCGGCCCAAUCUACUGUACAAGCCUACAGUAAGGUCAUAGUUCACAGCCAGCGAGCCAGUUCAGACAGUAGGCACAAAGGGGCAUCCAUAGAGACUAACAACACGUAUUAACACUACCUAUUCUUUCCGUACUUACUGCAGUAGCGCAGAGUUAGUCUGAGUUGAUAAUUUGUGACCUCUUGACUUACAGUACAUACUUGUUUUUUGUGGACAAAUUGCAUUCAUGUCCUGUGUUUUUUAUGUUUAGUAGCUAUCAGACGGCUAGACAAAUAUGACAAAAUGGAGGCAGGUGUUAGAGGUACAGGCACAAAUGUGUUACAAAUAACGAAUGAAGAACUUCAGUAUGUACUUGACAAUUAGAGUGUAUUGUAUAUACUCGGUAUUUGGUUGUUAUUUGAUGCACUGUAUGCAGACUACUUGGUACAGCUCAGGUCAUUCAAAAAGAGAUUCCAUGCAGACAAAUCAGUGUUACAGUUUAAUAAGUCAUGUGGAAAAACUGUUAAUGAAUAGGGGAAAUAGGGACCAGUAAUCUGUUUUAACAUGAACCUGUAUUGACUGUGUACUUAACCACUAUCUCUGUUUCAUGCAGUAUUCAAAGUUUGCUUUGCCUUUUUGUUAGCACAGGAAGGAAAAAAUGUGUACUGUAUAUGUUGCCAUUUAUGGUUUACUUCAACCAGUCAUGUUUAUGUGCUUUUUAAAUUUCUUUGGAUUUACCUUGCCUCGUAAUUUUGUUCACCUUAAAUGUCUCCUAGUCAUCGUACUGGUUGGAAAUCAUUUUAGGUUACCUUUUUGUGACCCCUUCCCCAACAUGAUGUUUUGGGACCUGAAGUAAUAUUUUAUUUAAAUGAAAUAAAAGAGAAAAUGAUGGAUUUUAAAAGCAGGGCUUGAAAAUAUGUUCUGGAGUGUGUUCCAGUAUUAUGUGGAUUAUAAAUCUUCCCUACACAAGCACUACCUUUUGGCAGUGAGUUGAAACAUGCUUCAGAUGUUACCAGAGUGUACUUUCCAUCCUUUUUUGUUUGCAAUGUGAUGUGCCUUUUGGACUCACCUGAACAAAUUAAGUACUUGCAAUGACAGAAGUUCUCUGUGUGUCCUGUUUUACUUGUCAUUCAUUCUGUCACAUAGUAUGCAAGGUUGUAAUUAUCAGCCUAGAUGACAACAAUAGCUAGUCCUAAAAAAAAUAGUAAAUAUGACAUUAUGGCUGUUGAGCUGCCGUAACGAAAUUUCAUCCAGCAAACGGUGAUAAGUCAUUGUAUGGCGUUUCCUUUGCUAUGCAGGGAGAUGGGGUAGAUUCUGGUUUUCCAUUCCACCUCUUAUGUUCAUGUUUUGUGUUACCGAUCUCACACUGUAUGCCUCCAUCUGCUGGUUCUGUACUGUAACAACAGCCCAUCCACUUGUGUUCAUUCCUUUUUAUUAUUCUUUUUUUGGUUUCUAUUUCUUUGUCUUGUAUUUUGCGAGAAUCAUCUGUUGGCUGGCCCAACUUUGUUUGAUUGAUGUUGCAUGUUCAAUUGUUGUAUUUCUUUUGUUUGUUUUUACGCAUGCUGUUCCAAAAUUCAAAUACAAAAAAGAAAUUGUCA